AUGCAUAUUGGACUUGCUCUUCUUCAACCAUCAGGCCUGCUACAGAUGCCUUGGACGGAAUACGACAGCCUCAAGACCGCGGCCUCCGAAAUUUCCUAUCACGCCGUCUUCCAACACCUACACAAGCACCAGCACCAGCACCACCGGACCCAAAAUAACACUGGGAACACCACCCCAAACUCGCCAAGACCACCCCAAACUUCCAGCUUCGCUUUCAAGCUUCUCGGCUCCCCUUUCCAAGCACCCGCCGUAACGCCCACCCCUGCUGGCUGUCUUGACUCUUACACAGUAGGCUCCCUGGCUCCCAAGGCAAGUCACUACGGCUUACUCUGUACAGUAGUCCCUAUCCACCAGAGACUCUCCCUCCAAUACCGUCUAGCACAAACACAACGAGACAGACUCUGGAUGAGUCGCCUUUACGGGUAUCCCAUCUUGAACAGACGAACUGGCCGCCGCCGCUGUUCGCGCUCUCUUGCCACAUUACUGCUCGCUGGCUCGCUCGCCGUCUGCCCGUCCGUCGCUGUAAUGACCUGCAGUAACACGACAUGGCCUUUCCCCUCGCUCGCAGCCGCACCACCUACCUACGUCUCGAUCCCCUGCGGUGCCUGGCCUAGGGAUCAGGGAGCAAUUUUCGGAAACGAAGUCUACGACUGUACUCACUACUCCAUACGCAAAGCUCAUUUCCAGAAAUCCCACCAACGUGGAUGGCGCCAGGCGAUAGCUGAAGGUACUGCGCCAAGCUAUCUAACGCAUCUGGCGGUAGUUCCCAAGGGUGCUCAUCAAUCCUCUAUCAGCUCCGGCGGCAACAUCCUCCAAGCUCAGUCUGCAGAUACCCCGUCGCAUACGGGUUGGGUUCACACCAAGCAACGGAACCAAGAAUCAUACGCUUCCUUCAUCGUUGUCGAUGCACUCUCACCCUUCGCCGCCUUCACUCGACUCUUUGCAACUUCACCCCUCUCUCCCGCCCUCUCGGCCACUCGCACGUCGGCCAAUCUUGAUUCUUCCCCCGAUUCCUGGCAAAAGCGAAAGAAGAGAAUCAGAACAAGCAUUCGAGUCGGUGUGCGCGCGCCGCUCAAAGCUGCUAACUCGCCUGCGAACCUUGCUUCUUCUCAUUUCUUCUCGUUAAUGAGAUGGCAUGCUUCGUCUCUGGGCCCCGACGCCAAGCGAGAGCCAAGCCAAGCGUAUCUCUUUGCCUUUCUUCCGCAACCCUUUCGUUUCUCUUUCACGUUUCGGCUCAUUCCCGUAACCUCUCUUUCGGCGCUCAAAUCUCUUGGCCAGGACCCAUCAAUGUCGCAGGAAGCCACGAGACAACGACGCAAGCCUUGGGAAGGAAAUAGAGAACAAAAGGGGAUGCACUCCCAAGACACCAAGCCGGCAGGCACAAGCGGUCGGGAAAAGAGGGAGCCCAUGCCAAGGCGAAACGAAGACAACGUCCACUAUUUUGCCUUUCCACGCCAUUCGGCACCCAUUGCAGGCUACAAUGAUGCCAUUCGCAGCCCAUUCUCCCGCCCAGAAUUCCGUCCCGAUCUUCCGGUGUUGCUUUUGCGGUUUGGCCUUGAAAUCGAUAGCCUCUCCGCUCUUGUUCAUGUAUCCAUACCACUUCUCACCGACAUGGUCCCCGCUAAAACAGGAAUCGCCAUAUGCAACCUGCAGUCUCACCGAAGCAGACGGGCAAGGCAGGGGAAAGUGUACGCUCGCUAUCUAUCAAAUAUCAACUCGUCAAUGUUGCACGGCACGGAGACCAUGGACCAUCUAGUAAGGUCGAAAACAUGGCAUGCUCCCGCUGACAUCGCCGUCAGUCAACGGAGGAAUCAGCCGGAAAUUCCGAGAGAUAACAGGUUUCCAACAGCUUGCCAGAGGCAGCUCAAUGUACUGAAUUUGUCGAUGCGUCUCGAUAUCCCGCAUUGUCGCAUGUCGAUAUUGACCUACAUUGGAUGGAUUGUAAGGUCUGACAGGAUCGCUUGCCUGCGGCAAAUGCCAAUGACUUGCGACGGCACGCAUGCCGCAAUGAAACAUCUCGUCCAGCACGGCGUCCUGCUUGCGUUGCAGAGCGCCUCAUGCCGGCCAAGCCCAUCGAGCGUACACUUUGGCAACCUCAUCGCAGAAACCCACGCAGAAUUCCACCUCCAAACAUUCAUCUUCCAUGUUCUCGUGCCCGUUUGUCCCAGUAUCCCAGUCACUGGUUCGGAGGGUGCUGCAGGACGGUCCAAAAAAGACGACGUCAAGCGCGACUCGACAGCCAGCAUCACGCACCCACACCCGCACAAGCACGCACACAAGGCGAAAUCUGACUCGCAGAGGACACAGCCAAGACACAAGAGCACAAGUUUAGGGCAGCUAGGGAGAAAUAACCCACUAGGGAAACGGGAAUCAAGCUCCAGUUUCCUUGCGGACCAUCCCGUCCCCGUCCCGACCGAUAAUUUCCCCGGUCUACCGACGCGGCUUCGGUACGGAGGCACUACCUAUAUUGGACUAUACUCCCCGGCAGGCUCGCAGAGUACUUUUUAUCACAUCUGGGCAUCAUCGUUGAGGUAUCCUUUCCUCGGGAGUGAAGGGGUAUCCAUCGGUCGCUCCAGUUUGAUUGAACGACCAUAUCUCGUUUUCGAUGCAUGCUAUGAACUACGAGACUUUCUCAUCGCCUCAUGCUUUUCACUUUCCGUCAGCACCGUGUUAUCAACUACUGCCCUCAACAGCUCGUCGGGGAGUGUUUCAUGCCUCCAAGGCAAGUGCUAUAGUGAGAGAUGCGAUGCUGCCCCAUUCGCGUUUCGAAGAAUUUACUCCACUUCGGCAAAGAGAUUCCUCUCGAUAGUGGUUUCCGCCGACCAGUUUUGUGCGGGCAACGUUGCAACCUUCCCCGGACAACCUGCCCUUGGCAUACACCUUGUCCAGCUUCCUAUCAGGUUCGACUCCCGCAAGCCUAGCGGGGAAGCGGGCAGGUCGCUGCAGGCGUAUCGCGGGAAACAUUGA